AUCUAGAGAUUCGAAUAACAUUUGAUAAUUUCGUCAUUGGAGUAAUAAUUCACAAUCAAGUGUGCUGUGCCUCUGACAAUAUUUACUCAGCUCGUUAUAACAGUGCUGUUAUUCGCACUCGUUGGCAGAACGUUUGGGGUCACUCAGUUGCUAAGUAUACUUCUAAAGAAGAACAUCCAUGUGUCUACCUGCUCUUACGAGGCACAGCUUUCUUUUAUUUGAAACACAUUAGAGUUUUAAGUAAUUUAUUGAUAAAAAAUUAUACAUUCGUUGAAUUUCACUAAUUUGAAUAAUGAAUAUUGCGUGUAUGAAUAACAUAAUCCCUACCCGAAGAAUGGGUUUUCAUGACCGAUCUGAUCGUGAGACUGGGAAGCUCGAAUAUUCGCCUAUGGUAGGAAAAAUGCGAAGACAAGGCCAAGAUGUGAUGCAGGUAAACCUGGCAGGUAUCCGACGGGACAUCAAAAAUCUUGCUCAUAACUAUAGUGACGCGCAGAAAGCAGUGCGCAAGGCCACAAGCAAUGAUCCAUGGGGUCCUAGCAGUACACUGAUGGCAGAAAUAGCUGAUCUGACUUACAACGUUGUAGCAUUUACAGAAAUAAUGCAAAUGCUCUGGAAACGACUUAAUGAUCAUGGAAAGAAUUGGAGGCACGUUUACAAAGCAUUAGUUCUUCUGGAAUAUUUAAUUAAAACUGGCACAGAAAAAGUGGCUCAUCAAUGCAGGGAAAACAUCUUUUCUAUCCAGACUCUAAAAGAUUUUCAAUACAUGGAGGGACCUAAGGAUCAAGGAAUUAAUGUAAGGGAGAAAGCUAAACAGCUAGUAGCAUUAUUGAAAGACGAUGAACGGUUGAGAAACGAAAGAGCACGCGCAUUGAAAGCAAAGGAAAGAUUUGCACAAUCUCUGAGUGGUUUCGGCAGCGAUGGAUUAGAUACGAUGUCUCCGAUGAGUAGCGAUUUUCAAGACUGGGAGCCAUGUCAACUUUCAGAAUCAGCAUCCAAACCUGAGCUGGAAGCGGCGAGACCACAAACCGUUGGCGAAGAAGAACUCCAAUUACAACUUGCUCUUGCAAUGUCUCGGGAAGAGGCUGAACAAGAAGAGCAGAGACGGCGUAGUGAUGAUGUCAGAUUACAGUUGGCUUUGAGUCAGAGUCAGCAAGAUUUCAAAUCACCUCCGUCUGAUAAGCAAAGUCACGUACUCGACUUACUCGAUGUAAACUUAGGAGAGGCAAGUGGCUCAUCUGCUCAGGUUGAUCCUUGGGGUGUUCCUACAGCAGCACCUCCACCGAGACCUCAGUCAUUGGACAUAUCUCAUUUUUACCGCAUGGAGCCACAUACUGAUCCAUGGUGUGUACCGACAAGUAGCGCUUCACCUCCAGUGGAUCCGUGGGCUCCAGUUCCUCCACAAAGACCGACGUCGUCAGCUGCUGCAGUGGAUCCUUGGCGAGCUCCAGUGGUGUCACCAGCAACAGUUGCUCCUCGUCCUGCGGAUCCAUGGGCUCCAUCGCCCGGAGCCGAAGGCUCAGCCCUUGCUUCUCCGUCACCGUCUUUUAAUAAUCCUACCCUUACUCAGAAUAUUGGAUUUACAGCUCAGUCUCCCCAAAAUAUCGGUUUCAAUCUGCCUACGUCAAAUAUUGGAUUUAGCAGUCAGACUAAUGGUUUCAAUGGUAGUGGAAGCGGAUUUAACGAAUUUAGUGCUCAAAACCAACAAAACCCUGUGGCCGGCCCGCUUGGAGAUUUGGAUGAAUUUGACGUUAUCAGUAACAGAGACAAGCUGAGAAAUAGUCCGCAACCUAAUAACGGAGUCAACAAUAACAUGCUAGGAACUGCGAUGUCGCCAGAUCCGUUUGACCUCGGAGGCCUUAGUGAUAAUCUUUCUGCAAGUACGGGAGCUGUUAAGAAAACUCCUCAAUCAUUCCUUGGCGAAAAUUCGGCACUUGUUAAUUUGGACAACCUUGUUAGUGCCACUGCGGUUAAACCACCUGCUCCGGCACCUACAGCAUUUCAUUGGAAGUAACUUUUGACGGUACCGUAUUUGGCAAAUCCAUUUGCUGCAGCGACACCACCACCUCGUCCAACAAUUAAUCAAAUCCGACAGGAUCCCUGGUCAGGCACUGCAGCAAAUCCAUUUCUUUCGUAGCGCAACUGAGAAUCUAAUGAUUAUGAACCAAUGAUCGAACACAUCGUAUUCUAAAAAAUAGUUGAGAAUAUUAUUAGGAGCUUGGUUAUAGACAAGUUUUAAUAUGAGGUAUGGUAUGGAUUUAUAUAUUGUAUGAUAGGUCAGAACGAACUGAAUUUACUUCGUCAAGCAUAAAAUUUCGGGCGCAACGUUAUUCAAAUUUUCUCAAAUCAUAUACUGUUAUGUAUUGACAUAAUUUGAUCGUGAAAAGACAGGUUACUAUUAUUAUAACCUGGUAUUACUGUUCGAAUUGGUAUAACAUGACUGAUUGUUUUUGAUUUAUACUCAAUAAACUCAUUUGAUAACUUUAUUCAGUAUUCAUAAUCAGUCGCGAUAUUCGUCAAUUCAGUAAUAUUUUGUAGUAAUGAAGGAUGUCAAUUGCAUCUAGCGAGUAGUGUUAUAAUAAGAAGAUUACCUUAUAAAAUAACACUAUUGAAUCAUUUUAGGCGUGGAACAAGGAGACGAAUUUGGAAAACGUAAUGCCAAGUUUAUAUGCUUUUACAAUAUUAUGGUACAGAUAUGGGAGAGAUGAUUGAUAUUUUAAUACACGUGAUCAAGUCUGCAUCGUGUCAAUUGUAGUUCAGAAGGAGGUGUUUUUUUUUUCGAUGUUAUUCAUUUUAUCCCAAACCUCGGUGAAAUUAUCACUGUUGAAGAAUCAAUUUUUUUUAUUAUAAAUACUUCUGGUUUGAACCGUUGUUACGGAUCGAAAAAAUAAUGAACAUUUGUUUUUCUUCAUUCUCAGAAUUGUUACGCAUAUGAUAAUUGUAACUUUUUUUUCUAUUGGUGUUUGGUAUACAUGGGUGUAAUUAAUACCAUGCAGAUUUGAAACUGAAGAAUUUUUUAGCAAAUGACUUGAUAUAAGUUAGCAAAUAUAAGAUAAAAAAAAAAUCGACUCUCCAGAGCAAUGACUUAUCUUCAAUUUUGAAAUAUAAAUUGGGAAGCCCAGGUAUAUAAUGUUACGAAAUGAUUUAAUGUAGUAACGGGUUGUAGAAUUGAACUGAAAUAUUUAUUUUACAAACAGUCUGAGGUUUAUGCAUAAGUACGUGUGUGUGUAUAUAUAUUUAUUUAUAUACAUAUAUACACACACACACACAUCCAUACAUACAUAUACACAUAUUAGGGUGAUCCUUAUUUAGGGCUUCGACAAAUUUUUUGUCAUUCAUCCGUCAAAUAUACACCUAUAUAUAUACAUAUAUGCAUUUGCUUUUUUGGGAAUAAAAUGAGUAUUUACCUACUUCUUUGCAAUUUGUUCAUAAGGAUUUAUUAAUUGAAUGAGAAAAAUGUUUAGGAGAAUAUAUUGCAAAGUGUGGUAUGUAAAAAUAUCCAACUGAACUAACAUAAUAGGGUCAUAUAAUCUGUCCUGUCCUGACAAAAUUUUAUCGGUUUGUGAAAGCCCAAGUUCAGCGGUUAGACACACAUUUGUCAAUUGUACUGUAGUCUUUAAGAACUUCGGUAAUUUUUACAAUUCAAUUCAUAUCUAAAAGUAAGUAGCCUUGUAAUCGAAGAACGAAUAAAGAAGAUUAUUCAUUUGUC